AUGAUGGGUCACCAAAAGACUUUAAAAACGAUUCUGGAUCUAGCAGCUAGUAGUGGCUUUUUAAUAAAAUCUCUACUUCCUAAAUAUAACAUCGAUCAAUAUAAAAUAGGACCUGUAGGAUUAUUCCUGUGUCAAAAUAUAAAUCUGGAAUGGUUUUAUAAUUCUGUAAUUAACAAAGAAAUAACAGUUUGCAUGAAUCGGGGAGAUAUUAAUGAUACUUUUGAUUUUACUAAACGAUUAUGUUCUGAAAAAUUACCUUUCGGUAUAACAUCUUCUCAAAAACAAAUUAAAUCUUACAAUUCAGAAGAAAUAGUCAGUUACUACAAAAAGGCUUCUGCUGGUGAAAUAUUUAAUUUAGAAGAUAUUCUAAGGCACGAAGAUGAUGUUUUCCUAAAAUUCAUCAUUUUCGUCAAUCCCACUGACUCCACAAGGUUAUUUCACCACUGGCAGAAGCAAAGGAGAAUAUGGUUUAGAAAGUUUUCAGCUGCUCCAGGGAAAUACUCAUUAACAGAUAUAAAAAAUGAUGAAAAUACUAUACAGACUGUAGAUAUUUUAGCAAACUAUCCAUGGGGUUCGCAACAUUUAGAAACGCUUACUCUCAAUAGAUGCGAUUCAAAUUUUACUAAUCAGCAAUUACAAUUUAAGGAAAGAAAAUUUAUCACUGCUCAUACAAUCACCAGUCAAGUUAAUCUACCAAUUUUAUUUUUAAAUACAUUGUGUGACGCUUAUCAAGAACAAAGUUAUCAAGACAAAAGUAGAUCAUUAUUUCUAUUUCAUAGGAAACUAGCCCCGUACAAAAUCAGUUUCGCAAUAUCUGGUACUAAUCAAACUGCAAUAAAAGAAUUGGAGGAUUUAGCUUUGUAUCUGUGUAAACAAUUGAGAACAAAUCACUUUUCCACUCUAUAUCUUCCGAGUUCUUCAAAAAAUACUUUGGAAGCUCAGUAUAAACAAUAUGAUUUGUUAGGUAUACCGUACACUAUAUUAUUGAAUGAAAGAACUUUAAAAGAUGGAAUUGCUCAUUUUCGUUCUCGAGAUACUACUUUAAAGGAACAAGUCCAUGUUACAGAAAUAGUUAAUCACGUCGAGUUGUUAUUUAAAAAUUAUUAAAAUAUAUGACUUACAGAUUGUAGGGCUAGAAAUAUUAUUUGAAUCAAUAAAUAUGUAAAACAUGAAA